GGUGAAGUACGACGACGAAUAGCAAUAGGUGGCGCAGCAAUCUGGGUGUGGGAUGGAGAUGGAGGGGGAGCUACAACGUGGAGCACUUCCACUAGAGGAUAUGCUCUUCCAUAAUGAAGACGACCUCUUGCUUGCAGAGGAUACUGAAGGUGAGCAAGGUGAUAAUUUCGACAGGCUCCGCUACUUUACAAACCUCUGUGCUGUGUGUGAGAGCUGGGAUUCCGAAAGUGAGACGAGCUGUGAUGUUGUUGUGCGUGAGAGCGACGAGCAUGAGGGGGGGCCAGGAGAGAGGUGGGUUGACCUGGUGGCACUCUGCUAUCCGGUAGAGGAUGAGGGUGCCGCAGGUGAUGGAGAGAGGGAUUAUGCCACUGAUGACGCAGGUGAGUGGGAGGUUGAUGAUGAGAGUGUAGUUGGUGAUGGUGACGCAGGUGAGUGGGAAGGGGAGUGGGGGCUAUUGGCAUCGGUGGAAAUGGCGGCAACUGCGAAAGCAGAAGCAAAUGCAAUAGUAAUAAGAACAACAUCAACAACAACAAUAAUGGAGGUGGAGCAGGGGUGUAUGGCAGAGGUGGUGGUUGUGGUAGACGACAGCCAAGGAAGGGGUGAGAUUGAUAAGAAGGGUGGGAUGGGUGACGACGACAGGCAAGGAAUGGGUGAGAUUGAUGAGAAGGGUGGGAUGUGUGACAACAACAACAACAAUAACGGCGGCGAGCAACGACUGAGUGAAUUGGCUCAGACAGGCAUGAAGGAGGAUACCAACAACAACAACAGCAACAACAACAACAACAACAACAACAACAACAAUAACGAGAACAACGAUGGUGAUCAGGGAUUGGAGGUAAAGGGUGAGGAGGGUGAGAAGGAUGACACUGUCAACAACAACGACGGUGAUAACAACAACAACAACAACAAUGGCAACAUUAAUAUCAACAAGAAUGACAACAAUUACGACGACGGUGGCGACGAUAACCAUGGGGGCAGAGGGGCAGAGAGUGGUGUUUCUGCAUCCAAGCUACUUAUCAGCAUCAUGGGAAAGAUGCCACCAUCAGUACAGUGAGGGAGAAUUAGUGGCUUGUUGGGGUUUGAGGUUGGAGGUAAGAUUUAUUGUUCCCCCCCACCCCUACCCGGUGUUUUCUCAUGAU